AUGCAAUGGAGUUCAAUUUACCAUAUGAGGUAAAUAAAUUUUCUAAUAUAAUACGGUUGACUUGACUAUUUUUAGGUCUGGGAAAAAAUUCUUCAACGUUUAUCUCGUAGCGAACUUUGUAGUCUGGCCAGCGUUAACUCCAGCCUGUAUAAAAUAGUUGGCAUUGACUUCAAACGUCUUUGCAUGCGAAAUGACUUGUUCCGAAUGAAAGAUGAGCUGUGGCUGCGGCCUUUUCAACUGUAUGUUUCAAAAUAUGUUAUUAGAAUUUAUUCGAUAUCAAUAUUUUCUAGACUUCUUAAACCACAACUUUUAUCAAAAUUUCAGCGGAAUAGAACGAAGACUGCAUGCGGAUCGUUUACUCUCUCAAUCCGGCUACAAGACGGCAUUUUAUUGUAAGAAGAGUAAUGUGAUCGCAAUCAUAAGUUUGGACUUCAACGAUAAUGAAAUCAUCACUUUGCGUGGUUGGGCGGGCCAAGCACAGGGAUUCCGACUGUUUAAAAAUGGGACAGUCUUUAUGUUUUAUAAAGUAAGUUGAUGCACAAUAUUAUUAAGCGUAGUCAAUGAUUUUAUAAUAAGACCUGCGGGCAACCACCUUGCGAGCAGCUAAACAACCACGGAAUUUUUGCGGGCAUGUUUAAAAAUCAGCCAACAUUAGUUUAAAUAGUUUCAGUACCCAUGUAUACAGGAUGUUUUGAGGAACCGAACUGCCGUCGACCGAAAAGGUCGGGACGCACGGCAACCCAGGGAGUCGUUUCGCCUCGUUUCGGCGCUUCGCCCACCUAGUAUCGGUUGAAUUCAAACGAAAUGUCAAAAAUGAAUUUUUCGUGUGGUUUUCCGACCGCGGUCGCGACCGCAAAAUAUUUUUCUCGUAUUUAUCUCAUUUCUUUUGUGAAUUCUGACACUUCGUUUGGACGAAGUUCAAAAGGGGGCGGGAGACAUUUUUUUCUAUUUUGGGUUGCCGUGGGACGCGUUUUCUCUCCUUUUGCUGGUACAACAGGCAAAAUAAAUUUUCGCCCAUUUCGUUCCUAAUUCUGGGCUAUCAUUUUUGUUCUGAUCUCACAAUUUUCAUUUUUCAGCCGCGAAACGUGAACUCCAACACCUACUACUUCCGCGACCUAACAACCAAUCGCACCAUCUGCACGUUCAGAAUGAGCAAAAAGGCGUCAUUUCACAAGUUUUGCCUCUUUUGUCCGGUCAAGAGAAAAGUUUUCGACUGUAUAACAAUGAAAAUGCACAAAAUCAACGCUCCAGGUAUUGCGUUCUCAGCCGACGCAGUUCCGGGAGUCGCGCAUUACGCGGCUGUUCAGCAAAGUGGACAGGUCGUUGUCUACGAGCUGAUGUCGGGUGCUUGCCGUGUAUUUUCUUGCCAUACAAAAAUAUUCACGGUGUGCGCACAACUGGAGGUUUUGAUUGCGCGUGAAGGAGGUAAGCGAGAAGAGCUUUACGUUGCAGUUAUAUGAGAGGUAUCAAAAAAUAUGGCAAAGUGCGUCCCCUUCCAACUAAAAACUCCGUUUUGUCGCAAAAAGAGCGGGUGCGCUUUUGAAAUUGGAGUUUAUUUUCACUUGGAGAGGGAGGUAUUUUGCUGCACUUUUUGAUACUUGCCGGAUGCAUAAUGUAACGUUUUAUGCCACUAAAUCAACUCCGCCACUGUAGUGCCAUAAUCGAAAUUGUUUUCAGAAUGGAUGCUAUCAAUAUACGAUAUUUCGUGCGCCUACGCGACACCUGCGGUCAGCUCUUCCUUGGAGAUACGUACGUCCCAAUCUAUUGCAUUCUUAAUCGACGAAAAUACACUUUUCAUCGAUUUGUUCCGAAUGGUAAGCGUUUCCGUGUAAGUGCCCUAAUUAACUUUCAGUUUGGUACUUUUGACAAAAGCCAGAGGAAUUGGCAGUUCCGCAAACGUCACCCAUUAUAUUCAAAGGUCUGCGGGUAUUUUCGACACGGCUAUGGUGACCUGGUUCCAGCUUUGUCAAUUUUUAAAGAAGAACAGCCAGACGUGUCGCUUAGUUCUUCAGUCAACGAGUUUCGACAGCAUGUGAAUAACAUUGACGACGACAUUGACAACAAAACGUCGUGGUGGAGAAGACUGCAAAGGCUUUUACUUAAAUAG